GUUGAGUUAAUUUUCUUCAACAAGAGUCCGGCCCCUUCAUUAAUUACAUCCUCUUCCCCCUAACUUCUUCUUCUAUAAAAAUCACUUUAUUUUCUUUCUUACUCUAUCAUUCAUAAGUCCUCUUCUUUCUUCUUUUCUCUCCCUCCACACUUUUUUCUUCACAUUUUUUCUGCUUUAUUUAAUUUCCUCUAAAAAGUUAUUUUUACUGAUCUUGUUGAAGAAGCUUCAGUGUUAGGAUCUCUCAAGCUAGACAGCCAUUCUUGCAAGGAGUUGGUGUGAGUGAAAUGGACUUAUCAACAGGCAUGAUGAUUGUUGCAAUUGUAGCAGCCUACUUACUGUGGUUCAAAUCCAUUACAAAAUCCAUGAAAGGCCCAAAAAUAUGGCCCAUAUUGGGAAGUUUACCGGGCCUGCUUGAGAAUGGAAACCGUAUGCAUGAAUGGAUCGCAGAAAAUCUUCGGGCCUGCACCGGUACAUACCAAACUUGCAUAUGUGCAAUUCCAUUUUUAGCCCGGAAACAAGGUCUCGUGACAGUCACGUGCGAUCCAAAGAAUUUAGAGCAUAUUUUGAAGGUUAGAUUUGACAAUUACCCCAAGGGUCCUACUUGGCAAGCUGUGUUUCAUGAUUUGCUAGGUGAGGGUAUCUUCAAUUCAGAUGGUGACACGUGGCUAUUCCAGCGCAAGACUGCUGCGCUGGAAUUUACCACAAGGACCCUGAGGCAAGCCAUGGCUCGAUGGGUCAACCGAGCCAUCAAGAACCGGUUCUGCCCGAUUCUUGAAACUGCUCAGCUUCAGGGCAAGCCGAUUGAACUUCAAGAUCUUCUCCUCCGGCUCACUUUUGAUAACAUUUGUGGUUUGACUUUUGGGAAAGAUCCUGAGACGCUCUCUCCAGGAUUACCUAACAACAUUUUUGCCACGUCAUUUGAUCGAGCCACUGAAGCCACGUUGCAUCGGUUCAUUAUACCCGAGUUCAUUUGGAAGUUGAAGAAAAUGCUUGGACUUGGAAUGGAGGUGAGCUUGAGCCGUAGCUUGAAACAACUGGACAAUUACAUGACCGACGUCAUCAAUACACGUAAGCUAGAGCUGGUGAAUCAUCAGAAUGGUGGGUCCCAACACGACGACUUGCUCUCAAGGUUCAUGAAGAAAAAGGAAUCCUACUCCGACAAAUUCCUCCAACACGUGGCGCUCAAUUUCAUCCUAGCUGGACGUGACACAUCAUCCGUCGCACUGAGCUGGUUCUUCUGGCUUGUCAGCUUGAACCCGAGGGUGGAGGAGAAAAUACUCGUUGAGCUCUGCACUGUCCUAGCAGAGACACGUGGCAGUGACACGUCAAAGUGGGUAGAAGAGCCCCUAGUGUUUGAAGAAGUUGACCAAUUGACAUACCUCAAGGCAGCAUUAUCUGAGACCCUAAGACUUUAUCCAUCAGUGCCAGAGGACUCAAAACAUGUCAUUUGUGAUGAUUAUUUGCCUGAUGGCACAUUUGUACCUGCAGGUUCAAAUAUCACAUAUUCCAUAUAUUCCACCGGUCGAAUGAAAUUCAUUUGGGGCGAGGAUUGUUUAGAAUUCAAGCCAGAAAGGUGGAUGUCACAAGACGGUAACAAGUUCCAAGUUCAAGAUGCGUUCAGAUUUGUUGCAUUCAAUGCAGGACCAAGAAUUUGUCUUGGCAAAGACUUGGCAUAUUUGCAAAUGAAAUCAAUAGCAGCAGCAGUAUUGCUUCGCCACCGGCUCGAGGUGGCGCCGGGCCACAAGGUGGAGCAAAAAAUGUCACUGACAUUAUUCAUGAAGUAUGGCCUAGUUAUGAAUGUGACCCCUAGGGACUUGACUCCAAUUUUGGCCAAAAUUGGGAACGUUGGCAAAAUUGACCAGCCAUGUGCUGGAGAGCAUAUGAUCAAUAAUGGUAUUCAUCAACCAGGAAGCAUUGCAGUAAAUGGGAUUGCAGCUUGAAGAUUUAUGAAUCUUGCAGUGAAAUUAAAUUGUUUAUGAUACACUAGUAACAGUUAUAUACAGUAACAGUUAUUUUCAUGACCAGUUGAUCAUAUGAAAUGUGGGCUGGGCUGAAAUUAAGAUCAAAUUUUAGUGCCUAUUCCUCACUGAAUCACCAAUAAAGUCUUAUCAGGUUUUUAUUUCCACAGUAUAUUUUACGUAUAUCUUUUUGCCAAAGUUGGAUGUUACAGCUUAACCUUCUUCUUUUUUUGUUUGUUGCUUUAUCACCCUUUCAUUUUCUUUGUCAAUACAUUAUAUACGGUUAUAUAUAGAUAUUGUACGUCAGUUUUGUGAAAUAAAAUAUAGAUGUGAUUUUAAGAUUUUGUACAA